AUGAUCAACAUUGUUCUUCUUUUCUUUCAAAUCCGCUUAUCGAUCUGCGCAAUUUCGCUUACAAAAUAUGACAAUAGUCAGUUUAUUCCCAAUGCCAAUUCGUAUUUUCUCAAUAAUUUCCAAGUUUCAUCCCAAUAUGAAUGCAUUUGUCGUUGCUAUGCAGCGCCAAAUUGCUUAACAGUGACCUUGUUUGGAAUAAACGGAACUUGUUCUUUAUAUUCAUCGCAAAUUCAACUCGGAUCGUUACGAUUGACGAUGUAUACAGCAAAUUCUGCUGUUAUUUCUUUUCCGGAUCGAAUUUCAACAACAACGUCCACGUCGACUUAUACAACAACAACAAAUGCUUACUGUGGAUCUACCUGCCUUAAUACAACAGUGUCAAGAUUAUCCUCAGUUGCAUUUUACACAUUUGACAAUAGCACACUUGACAGUGUCGGUAAUUAUUCGAUGAAAGGAAAUUUCACACCGAGCUACGUGCCUGGUUGGAUUGGUUCAGCUAUCAAUUUCACACAUAGUUCACAGUAUCUUUCCACGACACAUAUUCCAUUAGAUUCGCGUUCAUUCACAAUCGACUUCUGGUUUUAUGCAACGGAUUUGACGAGUUUCACAGAUUUCGGUUUUGCUGGUGAAUGUGAUUCAUCGUCAACCGAUCAGUGUUUAUUACUUAAUAUUCGGAAUAGGAAACUUCGUCUAGUGUUUUUUUCUGAUGACACUGCUGGUACGAAAAACUUGGCUGAAAAUAAAUGGUACCAUGCAACAUUUGUCUACGAUUCAACAGUUAAACAGCAGUUGAUUUAUUUAGACGGCGUAUUGGACAAUAUUAAUACCAUUAAUAAUAAUUUCGCAGCAACAGUGGCACCAUUUACGAUUGGUGGUGGGCCGAUCGGUGGAGAUACACAGCCAUUUGUUUAUUAUUCGGGCUAUAUCGAUCAUUUUGGAAUUACCUAUCGAGUGAAAACGCCAUGUGAAAUCUAUUUAAAUGCCAUCCUUUUUUGUUAUUUUCCAUUUGAUCCAGCAUCAUUUCUAUCUGAUUCUGGACCCAAUUAUCUGAGUGCAACUAAUUCGAAUGCAACGCAAACAACUGGAAGAGUGAACCAAGGUGUACAAUUCUCAUCAUUAUCAUCUUAUAUAACUAUUAGUGGAGUUAAUGUGUUGAAUGCAUUAAAUAAUCCAUUCACAAUCUCGAUGUGGAUUAAACCAAUGAAUCUUACUGGUGGUGGAACACUUAUUCACACGUCAACACAAUCUGAUGGUCUGGAUAGCUGUUUUGCAUCGUGGGGGUUCUCUUCAAAUGGUUCAUUCAUUGUGAACUUCCUCGAUUCACUAGGCAAUGCAAUUCCAAUGACACUCUCAUCCCCGUUUCCGUUGAAUCAAUGGACACACGUUGUUCAAGUGUUCAAUUCAUCCAACGGAAACUACUUGUAUAUGAAUGGAAAUCUUGUGACGAGUGCAUCAUUAUAUGCACGUGCACCCAUCGGUUCAUAUGUUUUUCUUGGUUCGUCGCCAGUUAUUUCAAGUUCCUGCAAAUCAGGAUCGAUUUCGAUGGGUCAAUUCUUUGGUGUUAUUGAUGAGUUUUAUGUUUUUAGUCGAGCACUAACAUCAACUGAUAUUUGCCGUUUAGCAAAUCCUUGA